AUGUAAGGUCGAACCUCAGACAGACAGCGGUGAACAGCAGCGGUGGAGGCGGAAGGAGAGUCGCGCGGAGCGGUCACACCCCCUCUCCCUCUCUCUCUGAACACCGCAGACUCCAGCGGACACACAAACUCGCAUACAUCACACACACUCCAACAGUUGACAUAAGCGGCGGAGAACAGCGCAGACGCACACAAGUAAAGGGAGAAAUAGUCUUUAACUGCGUCUUCAAUAAUACAGCGCUGGCUGAAUGUGACGCGGCACAUCAAAGGACAACGCCGACCGAUUAAGGUGGGCUGGCUGCAGUGAUGUCCAGAUCCACUAAAUCAGCCUCGAGGUCUCGGAGCCGCUCAAGGUCCCGGUCAAGAUCCCGGUCCACCUCUCGCUCCAGGAGUCGCUCAAGGUCCCGGUCAAGAAAGCGGCACUACAGGUCUAGGUCUCGGUCACACUCAAGGUCUUAUUCACCACCUAAUAACCGAGACAAGAAAUAUCCAAGAGGAUACCAAAACAAUCGUGAGUUCCGGGGCUACCAUCGCGGCUUCCGGAGGCCGUACAACUUCAGAGGCCGAGGGCGGGGCUUCUUCCCACGUGGUCGCUACCAGCGUGGUGGUGGGGGUGGUGGCUACAACAAUAACAACUUCCGCCCAAAUUGGAAGAAUUACAAGCAGCAUCCUCAGAAACAGCAACAGCAGCAGAACUUUUCCCGAGGACGAUCUCACAAUGUCCAGAAACGCUCAGGAAGUCCUUCUCAUGGUCCCUCUCACCGCUCUGACCGGUCUUCUACACCAUUAUCCAGGCACUCGCAGCAUUCAUCCUCUUCCUCACACUCCUCCUCUCCAAAAUGCAGGGCGGGAUUGUUGCUGAGUAAGCAGGAGGAGCUUUCAACCUUCAAGGAGGUCCAAAAGGAAGGAGGGGGAGAUGGGGAGCUUGGAGUUUUGGCAGGAGACACAAAUGGAGAUGAAGGCGAUGAGAAAAGUGAGGGGAACUGGCAGAGCCUAACAGACUGCAGCAGUCGAAAGAGAGCAAGUCCACUGGCAAGCUCUGCUGUUAAAGUUGGUCAGAACACCCAAACUACAAACCAGUCUAGUCCCUCCCCUAAAAUCACAAAUAGCAUCAGCAAUGGUUCCUCCUCCUCCUCAAAGACUGUGUGUAACACAUCUCCAGUAAAAAAAUCUUCUCAUGAAGGUCUGAAUCCAAUGCUUUCCAGCUUUGAUUUCUUCUCCAAUGAGGAAUACCCGGAUAUAGAUAAAACAGCCAUCUCCAUUGCCUUUGGAAAGUUUUUGGAGGAGCAAAACAAAAAAGCCAAAGCUCUGGAAAAUGGCAAGAACCCAGAGGCUAAUGAUGUGGAAAUGGUGCAAGAGAGAGUAAAUAGCAAACCAUCAGCAAAUACCACUGACUCAGAGUCAAAAAAGAACAUUGAGGACAAUGAUGGUGAAGUGUCCCUGAACAGCUUUUUAAAAGCAUCCCCUUUUCUGUCUGUUGAUGGAGAGGAAGAGGAGGUGAUAAUCAAGCCUCAUUCAAAGUCCCUCCACAAGGACCAGCACAAUGGGGAUGAGUCUUUGAAGCCAGCAAACAAGGUCACUCACUCUGCCCGUGAACUGUUCGAGGAAUGCUUUGACAAAUGGCACAAUGUGGCCUAUGCACAUGUAGCUAAAAGUGACCUUGAUGCCAUGGCAGAAGACUUUUAUCUCAGUAGAAAGCAGGAUAAAGCAGCAGCAUUUGCUGCUGCGCUUGCCAAGAGGGAGUUGGAUCGAAAAUUUGAGGAACUGUCUCCAGACAUAGAUGGUACACCUAGUAUGAUGACAAAAUCUCCAUUAAUAUCAUCUCUGACACCACCAUCCAGGGGAAACUCUGAGAGAGAGAUGUUCAUGAUCAGGGGAGAUGACUCGACUUUCACGUCCCCAAGAAAACAGGAAGCAAAAUUUAAUGUCAGAAUGAAUUUCCUUGAAGAUGGUCUCAUAAACUCCUCUGAUAUUUUAGCUGAGGAGCGACAGUUGUCUCAGGAUCUUGUGCAGUCCUCAAAAAAGAAUCAGGAGUUUCGCUCCAUCUUUCAGCAUGUUCAUAAAGCUCAGGUACAGAGGAGUCCCUCUGAGCUUUUUGCCCAACACAUUGUCACCAUCGUUCACCAUGUUAAAGCUCAACACUUUCAGUCUUCUGGAAUGACACUAAACGAGCGAUUCACAGUGUACCAAAGACGAGCUGCAGAGAAGGAAAUGAUGAAGCCGAGAAAAAGCCCAGAGAUACACAGAAGAAUUGAUGUUUCACCAAGAGCUUUUAAGAAACACUCUCAAGUUUUUGAGGCGAUGAAAAGCUCAGAGGAUGGAACUUACAAGGAUGGUGGGGAAAAAAUGAAAGGGGACCCGAUGGACCUUCGUUUGGAUAUUGAGCGCCGCAAAAAAUAUCCCAUCCAUGAAAGUGAUUACAAUCAGAAUCGGGGAAAAGAGAUGGAAGUGUCCCCAGAUUCUAGUAAAGAAAGGUCUUUGGAAAAGUUCUCCAAAUGCCAUGAGCGAGCCAAGAAAAACAGGAAGAAGCGCUCUCGCUCAAGUUCAUCCUCAUCUUCCUCAUCUUCAAAGUCCCAUAAGGAAGAUUUACCCGAAAGCAAAAGUGAUCCCAAAGAUAGUGGCUUUAACAAGGCCCGAUUGGGUCAACGGGAAUCACCAGGACCAGCUGAGAGAGGAAGGCCCCGUGGAGGAUUUCAAGUCAGAAUUCGUGGAAGGGGCUGGAACAGAGGUCAGGGAAACUGUUCACACAGUGACAAGUCAAACAUGGAGAUGCAUUUAAAAAAUGAAGACUGGGACCCAGAGUUCACUCCCAAGAGCAGAAAAUACUACUUGCAUGAUGACAGAGAUGGUGAGUCAGAGUGGAAGUGGGUAGACACCAGAGGCCGAGGACGGGGAAGCUUCUCAAGAGGAAGGGCUCGAUUCAUCAUUCGAAAAGCCACUGGGGGCCCCAACACCAGUAGUCCCAAAUGGGCCCAUGACAAGUUCCAAGUCAAUGGGGAAAAAGGUGGCAAGCAAGAGAAUAAGAGAGAGCAGGACCAUAAAGAUGAAGGCACCGAUGAGUAGCAUACUUGAGCAGUGAAGCUGUUCACUGAAAAUCUUAAAUUUCCUGUGAUGUUAUGGGAUCUGAUUCCACAAAGGAAUCAUUCAUGCAGAUUAAAAUACUUAACAACUCAGCUUUCAGUAGUUAAACUAUAUUUUAAUUUCAGCAUUCAAAAUCAUUCUUACUUUGCACAUCAGGAUACAAACCUUCAUUAAUAGUUAGUCUGCGACAUCUUGUAGAAGCACUGUUUGGAUGAAUUGCUGAUUUUGGUUUCAUGUAUUGUUUUUCUGAAUUGUUCCUUUAUAAACAACAUAAAAAAGACUUCCUUAUGACAUUUGCUUUUUUAAGUUGAUAGAAAAAAUGUGUCAACCAGAUUGUGCCUUAAAUAUAAAGAUGAUGUGUUGUGUGUGCUGGCUAAAUGAUGAAGUAGUGCGGUUGACUGCGUAAAAAAUGUAACAAUUAAAAAUAGCAGGACUGUUCAUUGACAUUGUGUCUAGACUGGAUUAAAAUAACAGCAACAUGUGCACUAUGUAGUUCUCUAAAAUGACCCUGCUUUGAAAAUGUGGGACCAAAUUGUAAAGGGUCUUUAUAAACAACAUUUAAAAGAUCUUGAAUAUUUGCUAGCAGCAAAUAUGAUUGUUGUUGAAUUGAUAUCUGUACAUCUGAUUUAUAAUGUAUAAAACAUUUACUAUAUUUACAGUAGCUUUUAUUGAUCUUGGACACCACUGACAAUUGUAGGCCAACAAUAUUAUUAGUGCUGAUGCAUUUUACUCCAGAGGCAUUGCAGUUGUUCUAACUGAUACGCAGGUUUUUGACUUAUUGUCUGACUUGUUUUUAUUGAAAUAGAUUUUGAUGUGUUUGCUGUUUGUACAUUUUUUUCUGUAGCCAAAGAUGGUACAGUCAUAUAUGUAAAUUGUGUGCAAACUGUAAAGAAAGAUGCCCAAAAAUAGCAUUUACACAACUUGUAGUUUGUAAGAAACUGCUACAAAGGAUCAUCCGUGGGUCUAGGAUUACAGUUUGCCAAGACCCUGACUUUUUUCUUUUUCAGUGCAAAUCUCCAGUGAUGGAGAGUAAAGUACCCAUACCAAUGAAUGAAACAAUGCUGUGCCUUCCAGCUGACCAUGAGCUAAUCUUAGUUUUAAAAAUACAAGCUUACUUAAUGAGAAUUUUCUUAGAUGGUAACCUGUAUAUUGGUGUUUUUUUUUUUUUAAAGAGUGUUGAUAUGAUUUGUUUCUUAGU